AUGUCAACAGGUGGAAAGGGGUGCACCAGAAAGGAGAAAUGUGAGCGCUCAUCAGAGCCCCGUCGCUUUGCAUCAGACAUCAAGCAGUGUGUGCGUCUCAGCGUCCACCCAAACAACAUCUCAGUGUCCCAGUUCAGUGUGACGUUGGUGUUGGAGGCCCAUAAUGUUCCAGAACUUUCUGCGGGUGUGAACUGCACCUUCGAGGAUCUGACUGAGAUGAAUGGCUUGGUGGAGGGAAACCGGAUCAAGUGCUUCUCCCCCGCUGAGAAAGAGAUGCCACGCAUUAUUGUUGACAAAGGGGACCACCAGAUCGUGCAGCUCUAUCUCAAAUCCAAGGAAACAGGCCUGGCAUUCGCAAACACCAGUUUUGUUUUCUACAACUGUAGCGUACACAAGUCGUGUCUGUCCUGUGUGAGCAGUCCUUACCAGUGCCACUGGUGUAAAUACAGACAUGACUGCACCCACGACCCUCGAACGUGUUCCUUCCAGGAGGGCCGAGUCAAGAAGGCUGAGGGAUGUCCCCAGCUGUUGCCUGCAGACAGGAUCCUGGUGCCGGUGGACGUGGUGAAGCCCAUCACUCUCCGGGCGAAGAACCUCCCCCAGCCCCAGUCGGGUCAGAGAGGGUACGAGUGUCUGCUGACCAUCCAGGGGAGCGAGCACCGCGUUCCUGCCCUGCGCUUCAACAGCUCCUCAGUGCAGUGUCAAAACACAUCGUAUUUCUAUGAUGGGAUGGAGAUGAGCAGUCUUCCCGUGGUGCUGACCGUCAUCUGGAACGGAGAUUUCACCAUUGACAACCCCGCCAACAACAAAGUCCAUCUGUACAAGUGCGACGCCCAGCGUGGGAGCUGCGGUUUGUGUCUGAAGGCGGACCCUCUGUUUGGAUGUGUGUGGUGUAAAGGAGACAACCGCUGCACCCUCAAACAGCACUGCCCCCACCCCGAGAACCAGUGGCUGGAGCACAACGGCAUCAACAGCAAGUGCACCCACCCGAGGAUCACACAGGAUGGUAACAAGGUGGUGAAGAACAGCAGCAGCUCAGUGUAA